CCAGGACAGCCAGGGCUGUUACACAGAGAAACCCUGUCUCGAAAAACAAGAAACACAAAGCAAAACAAAAAAAAAGUAGCAGAGUUGAUGAAGAUUCCCAGUAGCUGCAAACGGAGUUGGUGGGGUCCAAAGUCCUGAGAGGACUUGAUCAAAGCCUGUUCCUAUUCAGUGCAGGGUAGUAAUGGAACAGUGGACUUCACAGGAAAUGAGUCAGGGCCACACAGCAAAUUAUUCAGGUCUAGUGUCACAGAUGGAAGCACUCUGUGAACUACAUUCUGUAAAAGUCCUAGAAAUCUAAAAUUUGUGAUUGACUCUCCUUUGUCAAAAAUUUCCUUUGACAUCAACACAAAGACUCAUAUAUAGAGACUUAUAUACAGAUUCACAAUUUUCUGAAUCUUAAAUUAAGAACAAGGAAAUCUAUAUACACAACAUCUCUGUGGCAUUGACUGAAACAAAUGUACGUAGAUUCCAAGAACGCUGAAAAUCUAGUCACAUGAUAAUUUGCCAUUGCAUUUACACAUAGAUUUUAAUAUAUAAGCAACGUGAAAUCUAGCACCCACGCCCCCCAAUUAUAUCCAGCUCAAUUUUAUGACCUCGGGUCCAAAAUAGAUUCAGAAGUCUAGGAAAACGUUCUCAAAGUCAGAAUGAGAAAAAAACAAAGUGUUUUUUUGAAGGGAAGUGUUUAAAUAUAAAUGCCCAAACGGAACUCUGCGAAAUGUGUCUCUGGGACGCCUUAGGUCCCUGGAAAGCCAGAGAGCUGCUUUUUUUUUUUUAAAGUCAUUUUGAUCAAAUUAUUUUGUUGUUUGUUUAGGCAUUCCAAAAUUCCUUUGCCAGGCACGGAAAGUUCUCAUGUCUUUGGAAGAUUUUUUUUUUAACCCGAUUCCAAAAGAAAAAACGAUUUUUGAGAAGUGUUAUGUUGAAUCAACACGCGACUGGAAAACUCAGUGUCCUGUGUUAAUUUGUGGGGCAAGUGAGAAGCUGGAGGAGGGCGCCCUGGUAGCAAGGCCGGGUCGUCUUCCCGCAGCCGGGCAGCAGGGGGCCCCGGUUCCCCGCUCCCGACUCGGGAAUCCCUGCUCCGGGCUGCUCCAAGACGCUCCCCGCCCAAGGUCAAACUCUGCAGACGCGUGCGGGCCGCUGCCAGGUGGUCGGGGGACGCUGAGAAGCGCUGUCGAGCUCUGUGGGCGGGUAGCGCGGACUGUGCAUACAACGGUGCCGGGGAUGUGGAGCGCCGGCGGCCCGGGAGGUAGCGACGCUCCCGGGAGGGGUGGAGAGCGUGCGGUUGCCGCAGAGUGGCUCGGACGCAGAAGCGGAGAGCAGCCGGAGGGCGCCCCGCCCCGACCGAGCAGCGGGAGCCCCCGGCUACCCAGGCCUCCGCCUGUCACCUACGUCCAGCCAGCUCCACGGUCUCCUCCCCUUGCUCAGGUCCACUCGGUCCCUCCCCUGGGCCGCCCAGAGCACCAAGUUGGCGGGAGCCUAUAA